AUGCCGAGGCAUUCGCAGCGCCCGCGUUCACUGAUUGGGGGCGCGCUGCGUGGAGCAGGACUUGCGUUGGACGAGCAGAAGGACGCAAGUACAGCGCGCAUGCCGAUAGACGAGGAAGAUACGGCCAAGAGCCGCGCGCAGCGGCGAAAAACCGCACGGAGCGCCGCGGGCCCCGUCGGCGGCAGGCCGCCGAAGCGCGGCGUGAACAUCAACAGCCUUGCGCGUCCUGCGAACCAGGCGCACGGACGAAACAAAUCGCUGGGCGCACACACGAUCGGCGCUGUCCAAGACGUUGCGCCGCAGACGAAUGUCGUCGAGACGCUCCGUGGUUUCCUCCAGUCGCGCUGGGACGCUGCGAAUUGCCUGCUCAACUUGGAAAACAUGCAAGAUGAUCCCAUCCUUGCUGCUGCGAAUAUACGGCCGCCGGGCGCGCCGGGCGCGCACCGCGAUAUCGGCACCGCGAUAUGGAAGCUUAGCGGGGACAUGUUUCCGAGCAUGAUUACGCUCUCUCUUGCGGGGAAUGGUCUGAGCACGCUGCAGCCUCUGUCAAGUCUUGCACAGUACCUGCCCAAGCUUGCGAACCUGUCGCUGGAGCGCAACGAGCUGCGCUGGGCGCGCGAUCUGGACGUGCUCGCCUCGAAAAAGCACGGGCUCGACGCGCUCCAGGAGCUUGUACUGAUCAGCAAUCCCAUGCAGCAGAAUGCAGUCGAUGCUGGCAACGAGGAUGGGUACAGACGCGAUGUCCUUGCCAAGUUUCCCGGGCUCCGCAUCCUCGACAUGAAGCCCGUCUCGAGCGUCGAGCACGGGUUUUCCCAGCUCUUCCGCGGGCGCGCAUCGAAAAAGGCAGGGCCAGAGGCGGCGCAGGUACCACUGCGCAACUUUCCGCUGCAAACCAAGCCGGGAUUCAUUGACGGGGACGCGGCCCAGGUCGUGCCCGAGUUUCUCUCCUUGUUUUUUGCGCGCUACGACCAGGACCGCGCGUUGCUUGCGCCCGUUUACAGCGAACAUGCACUCUUCUCCCUCAGUCUCAACUCCAGUCCGCCGCCUCGUGCUCGUGCACAGCGGCUGAUGCAUACCAUGCCACAUCAAAAAGAGCUCGUGCUCGACCGCUACAUUGCGCUCGGCUCGCGUAACAUCCUUCGCUCGCACACCGCCAAAGCACUGCUCCGCACCCUGCACCAGGGCAGCCGCGCUAUUGUAGCGUUCCAGCAGCGGCUGCCCCACACGACGCACCCGCUGCACGACGCGUCCAAGUUUGUCGUAGAUGCCUGGGUGCUUCCCAAUGUCGAUGUGCAGGCACAGACAAGCGCCACAGAAAAGCCAGAUGCGCUCCUGUUCAUCAGUGUGCACGGCGAGUUUAGCGAGGCACCUUCCCAAGGACUCCGCUCUUUUGACCGCGUAUUUAUCGUUGCACCCACCGCGCCGGACUCGCAAGCCGCACAGCACGGCUGGCCAUGCUUGAUCGUCUCGGAUACGCUCACCAUCCGCCACUACUCGAGCUCCGCAGCAUGGGCGCCCGACACGCUGCCCACCGGGCCCGUCACCGGGCCCAACGUAGCGCCCGACGCGCCGGCCGCCGGCCCCCUUCCUGCCUACCUGCAGUCACAGGAGCCAUUUCCCAACAUUUCCCCGGAGCAGCACACACUUGCACUGCAACUUGCCGCACAGACGCGGCUCUUGUAUCCCAUGGCGGUGCAAUGCUUGGCCGACAAUGCGUGGGAUCCCGCGCGCGCGCUCGCGAAUUUCAGUGCGCUGCAGGCCUCGCACGCGAUCCCUGCAACGGCUUUUGUACCUACAUAG